GUUCGAUGCCUUCCACUCCGUCCCUGUCUCGCGCCAAAUGCAAGGUGGCUUACUUUCGCCCACCACCGGUUCCAUGUCUGUUCCAGGUCUUGGAGCAGGUAUUGGGGAAGGUGGGAGUGCCGGUACGAGUCCGAUGCUUGGUAAUGGAUACGGUGGUAUCAUCUCGCACGCGCCCAGAGAUGAUUACUCGAAUAUGAAUAUGAACGGUCAAGAGAAUGGAGGUACAUCUAUUGGCCCCUGGGAUCUGCCAUCUCCUCGAGAACGUGAAGACAGCAUGGCUCAUCAGAGUCUCUCUUCACUUUCCUUUGGCCUUUCUGGUAGCCGCAUGUCUUCAGUGGUGCCAAUUGCUCGUCCACCAUCGUCGUCUCGCAUCUCUCAUGAUUCUCCACCCGACUCUGCGGCUUUCUCUCCAACCAUGAACGAUAGUGUAAUGCUGCCUCCUCAUCGCAGUGCUCCUUUCCGUCGCCCUAUAUCGCCUGCUGGACCCGGUUCGCUCCAAGUUCAGCUAUCGCAUCCACCCUCCAGUGCUUCUUCAAGCACUGGUCCUGGUUUGGAAGGUGAGCGUGCUGCCCCACUUGCCGUGAGUACUGCCGAACAGCAGAAGGUGAAUAAUGCUGGCAAUACAUCACCUCAGCUACCGUCGCCGGCUUCCAACUCAGGAUCAGCUGUUAGCUCCUCCAUUGGUGGUGGGGGUGUCGGCGGGAGCAGCGGUACUGGUAGCGUUACUAGUCAUGGUGCUGCCAGUCAUUCGGUGGGGGCUAACGGACCACGAAAUACCGUGAUUGACCAAAACCCACCCAUUAAUACGCUCUAUGUCGGCAACCUACCUACUGUGGGCGGAGGGUACCCUUCGGGCUAUCUCGAGGAAGCUUUAAGGGAUUUGUUUUCGAGGAGGUCAGGAUACCGGAAACUUUGUUUUAGGCAGAAAAGUAAUGGCCCGAUGUGCUUUGUUGAGUUCGAGGAUGUUAGUUUCGCGACCAAGGCGCUGAACGAGCUUUACGGCAAUACCCUAUCUGGUCUUGUCAAGAAUGGUGGUAUCCGCCUGUCGUAUAGCAAGAAUCCCCUUGGUGUUCGUACGCCGACCAGUGCUGGCAACGGGUCGACGUCGCUCCAGCAACAGCAGCAACAACAUCAGUCCAUCGUGUCCCCCUUCCCAUCAGAGCCUUUCCCACCUCGACAUGCCUUCGAUGCAGACCCUAAUCGCUCUUCAAUUCUUAGGCGCGACAGCUCAACUGCCAUGUCCUCUCCGAUUCCUUCUGCGUUCGCCUACUUUUCUCCUUCCCCGCCGUCUUCUGCGACUUUUGGUUCCUUAUCGACAGCGACGACGUUGCCAGCCUCAUCCGCCACUUUUCCGCGUGGGUCGGGUUCAUUCGCGCUCUCGUCUUCGAAUGGUAAUGGCACGACAUCGUCCUUCUCACCAUUCGGCAUGCCUUUGUCUUCCAACCCUAGCACCAACAUGCCUGGCCACUCAACUAUACCCGAACAGAUCAGCCCCGACGUCGAACGCCAGCAUUUCUCUCACCGUACGCUGUCUCCUCAUUCCAGUGCAUUAGAGGCCGCCAGGGCCGGUUAAGAGAAACGAAUUAUUAUCUCUCAACCUCUGCUCCCAACACGCAUGCAAUCAUAUACAGCACAUUUGCACGUUAUAUAUAUGUACUAACGACAUGUUUGAUAUCCUUUCCGAUGUUUUCCCGACCGCAUGCCACUUUUUUCUCAAAGCCUCCCGUCUGGACAGUCAACAUGUCGUUGCCCUUCUAUACACUUUUCUUCCCCUUGUGGCAAUUAUUAAUCGCAAUACGACCAUUCUCUCCAUACUACACAAUUCAUGACAUCUGGUUUUUUUGUCUGCGUGCUCUUCAUAUGUCCCUACCAUCUCACCAUACUGAAUGAUCUAUUUCUACUACCCCAUCUGUUUUUUUCCAUUUGCUCCUUGGUUUUCUCACAUCGUUUUGCUGAUAUAUCUCUACCUUAGUAUUUUACCCAAAUUUGUUGUUUCCUGCCGUUCCCAGUUUGCAUCACUUGGCCUGAUCUUUGACUUCUCUGUUUACUAUCUUUGUCUCCUAUCUCUCAGUAUACAAUUACACAUAUCAAUCUUUGCCUACCUGCGGUAUUACUCAUAUGAAUUCCUCUUUGUUAUAUUGCCUGACAAUUUCAGUUUCCUUUUUCUAUUUACAUUCCAAUCUUUUUCAAUCUACACGCUUGCGCUGAUGAUGUAUACUACCUUCUACUUGUGAAUCGUCUCAUAUUUGUUGGAUCGAUGGAAUAUAAUUUUGCAUUGCAUGUUCAUAUGUCGUGGAAGUAACGUACCACAACUGGUAAGAUAAGCAUAAGAUGCAGCGUGAGGGAGUUGGCACGAGCCCCCAGCCCAGGACCUGUGUGUAAGAUGGCAUGCCAAGUGUUUUCACUAUAUCCCAGAGCGACUAACACCGCUUGCUGUGCUCAGCCAUCUUGGCAGACUUGUCUGCCAAACCCAGUUGAGAUAAGCAUCCAACGAAAAAAGGCAGGUCGCAACUGAUGCGAAACCUCUAGUUGAGUUGGUCAUCUUUUCUAAAAUGGUGAUGAUUCUACUGCGAUGGUGCUGAGAUCCCUACUCCACGACGUCUAGCAUCCGAAACGGUUACUAGACUUGAUUAACCUUGACUCACCAGCACGGGGACUUAAAACCGAGCUAGUAGAUUACUUCUAUUUGAAAGUAUACGGCCCCACAUCGCCACAGAUCGCAUCGCUCACCCAUGCAGAUAGAGCGAGGUUGAGAAGCACUUGCAUGCUGAUAUAGCGGUACCAUACCCUAUCCUGACGAAUGUGCCAAUGCAUCAUGACGGUACAGCCAUAAACGAAACACUAAAGAGGUAUUGAGUUGG